UGCUCUUUCUGCAUCUAGGGCACGAAAACUCUCAGGUCUCGGGCUGCGGCCCUCGGCCGGAACCGGAAGUGGACCCCGAGCCUGGAGGAAGAAGCCGGGGUCCGACCCGUCAGCAGCCGGCGGCCGUCCGGAGGGGCGGUGUUCGCGCCGCUCCUUGCGAGGCAGACCCGCGGCGGGCGGCCCGGGGCGGCGCCAUGAAGCUGUAUAGCCUCAGCGUCCUCUACAAAGGCGAGCCCAAGGUAGUGCUGCUCAAAGCCGCGUACGACGUGUCCUCCUUCAGCUUCUUCCAGAGGUCCAGUGUUCAGGAAUUCAUGACCUUCACAAGUCAACUGAUUGUGGAGCGCUCGGCGAAGGGCAGCAGAGCUUCUGUCAAAGAACAAGAAUACCUGUGCCAUGUCUGUGUGCGGAAUGACGGUCUUGCAGGAGUGGUCAUUGCUGACAGUGAAUACCCAUCCCGGGUGGCUUUCACCUUGCUGGAGAAGGUACUAGACGAGUUCUCUAAGCAGAUCAGCAGGAUAGAGUGGCCAGUUGGAUCUCCUGCUACCAUCCAAUACACAGCCCUGGAUGGGCACCUCAGUGUGUACCAGAACCCCCGAGAAGCUGACCCCAUGAGUAAGGUGCAGGCUGAACUUGAUGAGACCAAGAUCAUCCUGCACAACACCAUGGAGUCUUUGCUGGAGCGGGGUGAGAAGCUGGACGACCUUGUGUCCAAAUCGGAAGUGCUGGGGACACAGUCAAAAGCCUUCUAUAAGACGGCCCGGAAACAAAACUCAUGCUGUGCGAUCAUGUGAGGCAGCCUGCAGAGGCCCUGUGCUGACCCACCACCUUAUUCAUGGCAGUGCUGCAGUUCCUGGAGAAGCAGAGCCGGAGCCGAGCAGCAGACUCCUCCCGCUCCUGGAAGGACCCGGGGUGGGGACGGUCACGUGCACGUGUCUAGCAAAAGUUUUGAAAAGAUAAUUUGAGGCUCCCAAAAGUGUAUUUUUGGGCCAAUUGAAAACAUAAACUCCAUGAGUCAUGUA